CUCAAUAGCGUGCAAAUCGAGCCAGUAAGUGGAGGGAUCUACCGCGGAGCAGCUUUCCAUGGAGGUGCCUCUACUGCAGCAACGGCCGAAGAAAGAUGCCCACACUGUCGAAUUACUUACAAAACUGUACCAAGUCUUACAACGGUCUGUGCUGCGUGGAAGGCUGCAAGGAGAGCGAACAAGGAGAGGUUGGCCAAUAAGAAAGCUGCGGAAGACGCUGCUCGAGCACAAGCAUUGUCGCAGGAUCCUCGUCCCAUCAAACUCAAGCGCAGCGUCAUAAUGCUAUCAUCGCAUUGGUUACCCGAG